CUUGAGAUUAUCAAUCAAAUUCAUGUCGCACUUUUCAAGCAAUCAAACGUGAAUUUGUUUCAGCAAUUCGUUGACUCCGAAAAAUGGUGCACUUUAAUCUGCUUUGACACCUCCGGCCCACACAAGCAUAGAAUUCAGGACCGGAGCCUAGAGCCCAAUACAAUGGAGUCUUGCUUAAAUCUGCCAUGACACGUCGGCCCACGACACAGCAGCCAGCACGAGCUCAGUUUUCCAUUCGAAUUUCGGAGCCUCCGCUCCCCAGUUCACACUCCACUAGCGAGGGCCGCGCCGCGCCUGAGACCCGUCGAUGGCGAGGCGGACCUUGGCUGGCGGCGCCACCGCGGGCGCCGCAUCCCGGGUUCGGUUCGCACCCACCUCCAACAACCUGCUCGUCUCCUCGUGGGAUUCGGGGCUGCGGCUGUACGACGCCGACACGAACACGCUGCGGUUCAAGGCGGAGUCGGAGCCGGCGCUUCUCGACUGUUGCUUCGAAGAUGAGUCGGCAGCGUUCGCUUGCUGCUCUGAUGGAUCUGUGAGAAGGUAUGACUUCCGCUCAGUUUCUCAGGAUACAGUGGGGCUCCAUGACGAUGCGGUUUCUUGCGUCGAAUAUAGUCAGACCACUGCUCAGAUUGUGACCGGGAGCCUUGACAAAAAACUUCAGUUGUGGGAUACAAAAAUAAGAAAUGUAACCCCUACCAGCAUGAUAAACUUUGAUUCAGAUGUGUCAUCACUUUCAGUAUGUGGCAUGUAUAUAUCAGUUGCAGUUGCGAGAAAUGUUUAUUUUUAUGACAUGAGGAAUCUAACUGGGCCAGUUAAAGCUAAAUUUUCUCCUCUAGAAUAUCAUAUUCGAUGCCUUCAAUCUUCUUCGGAGUGGAAUGGUUAUGUUGCUGGCUCUGUCGAUGGUGUUGUUGCAUUGAACUAUCUUGAUGAUGUAACAGACGGGAAUUUGGGAUAUGCUUUCCGAUGUCAUCCAAAUUCCAGAAAUGGAAGAUCCAACCUGGUGGCAAUAAAUUGCAUCGCAAUUCAUCCCUGCAAGAAAAUUUUUGUCACUGGAGAUGAUGGAGGAUAUGCUAUCGCCUGGGAUGGUCAAUCAAAAAAGAAGCUGCUUGAGCUUCCUAGCUUUUCGGGCAGUGUGGCAUCAGUGGCGUGCAACCAUAGUGGCCAACUUUUGGCAGUUGCUCCAAACUAUCAUCAUGAAGCGGAUACAAUGGUGGAGGAGCACCAGAUAUUCAUUGAAGCCUUGGACGACUUCAAACGCAAGCCCCAUUUUGUGAAAGACCCUUCUAACCAAACCUAGAACAGCCAAUCCUAUUGUUGUACAACUAAUCAAGCUAAAGUGCCCCCAUUAUGAUUGUACUGUCACAUGUCCAAGCUCACCAGCAUGUUGUAAUUUGUUGUACGGCUAAGCAUUAUUUGUGUAGAUAUGCACUGCUCCCAUUUGCCUGCCCCAGCUGUGUACACUAGAGAAACUUGUUAUAGACUGAUGCUAGAGAACAUGGUUCCGCUGGAAAACCCGGUCGAAGCAAUGUUGUGUUUUUCCUUU